AUGGCGCCCUAUCAUGAACACGUCAAAUGCGUCGAGUACGCUGCGUGUUUCCUGACGCAGCACCAGCGAGUACAUUUUAUACACACCGAACUAAGCACACGUACGAGACCGGCUCCCGAACGCUUGUUGAGCGAGGUCCUGCCAACUCUUCUGUGCCUACCCGGUCGGGUACUAUUUAAGUUAGCGCUCCACAACUCUAUGCCUUCGCAACCACUGGUCAACAUCUCAGGUCGUACUCAACCUCAGGCUGGUCGUCGCCCCGAAGUCGACAUAUCCGGCCCUAUCAUACCUCCGCGCCCUGCAAACAUUAUCCCUCCCGUAGUGCCCCAGCCGAAUGUUCGUAACGCACGGCCUUUCGACCCGAAUGCUUCGCGUCAGGGGCCUUCACCCGCACAACUGGCGGCCGCUCUUGGCGCGCAUGCGUUGCGGUCUCACUCGGGUGCCCCACAGCAAGCCACACGCGCGUCAAGUUUCAUCCCGCCCGGUAUGCAGCGCUCGGCAUCUGGUUCGAGCAGUAGAGGCCGCAGCCGAACAAGAUCGAGUUCAAGCUCUUCUAGUUCGAGUAGCUCGUCCAACUCCGACGACAGUCCCGCAUCCCGCGGUUCUUCACGCGGCCACGACUCGCGCUCGCGGUCGAACCGUCUCGAUGGUUCGCACUCCCGGUCUCGAGCGAACACUCGGCCUUCGUCACGUUCUCACCGAUCGCGUUCCCCCAACGCAUCAACUACUCGACGGCGAUCCCGUUCACCACCUCUGCGUCAGAGCUCAGGGCGUAGUGGUACCCCGAGCCACGAUUCCCGUGCCAGCGGGACACCGUCGCCGUCUGCCUCGCCCGCCGCAACAUCCACCUCGCUCCCUUCUGCGACUGCCUCGAGGCGCCAAUCGCGUGGGUUCCGCAGGUCCCGCCGCAAACCGCGAGCGCGACUGCCGCCUCCCGAGGUUCCUCGUGAGGUUGAGGAACCUAUCUUGAUCGAUGCUCGCGAAUUGUACUGGCUGUACAUGGCGACCACUACACUUGGAUUCUUUCCCGAACGUCGUCUGCGUUCGCAGUUUGCAAAGCAAGCUUUUGAGGUGGCGAACUCAAAGGCUCGCGAUGCUGGUCACGAUACCAUCCCAUACUUUCAUACCCAGCAUCGUAAAGCGAUCGAUGACUACGCCACGUCCAUGAAAGGCACUCUGAAGAAAGUCGUUGAACACUACCCUGUCGAUAAGUACAAGUUUCAGGCUACGGAUUCGCUGGCGCAGCGGCGCAGAUGGUUCACAUCUCUGAUGGCCGCCGAGAUCGGCCCUCGAACAUACAAGAUGUUCCUUCACGUUAUAGAUCGUGACGAGAGACGUAUCAAAUACUACCAAAACGAGGCGAUAACGUCUGCAUGGCGUGCCAUGUUCAUAGAGUCUAAGUACUCAGACAUUACGCUACAGUAUGUCGACGAGUACGAGAAGGCACCAUUGAACACGAUUGCCUUUGCGGCCUCUGCCGUGGAUUUCGCUAUCGAGUACACUGGUCCUGAUAGCCGCUUCGCUCAGAGUCGGUAUAGCGACGUCAAGUUCAAAGCGAAGUUGUUACGCCCGAUCUUCAACGAAAUUCUCGCGGAGCUGAAGGUCACGUCUGGUGCCCCACCCGAAGAUGAGGCUCGCCAGGGGCUGGAAACGCUGCGAUCGACAUUGGGUGGUUACGUGCGGGAGCUGGUGAAGUCUCUCAAUGUCAACGCGGCAUAUGAAGAUGUGCAAGAGCCAUCCCAGGGACAGACGAUCGCGCAGCUCCUGAAGGAGCACGACUUCUUCGCGUUGCCGCUCACAGACGAUCCAGAGCCUGCCCAGGUCGCACUCCCACCUCCACGUCAACCUGUCGGGUAUAUGCCGCCCGAGCCGACUAACUUUCGCAACCCCGCAAGUGGAUUCCACCCCUCCUCGUACAACCAGCGGCACAUGGCAUUUGGCCACCCUGGGACCUCACUCCCCGAUGCUCAGUCUACGCCUGCAUUUUCUGCCUCUCAAUAUGGCGGGUUUCCUGAACAGGAAUGGUCAACGUCAUCGCAAUAUGGCCAGAGUGUGCAAGGUUUUCGUGCACAACCUACGGGCAAUGAGUCGAGUGGAAGAUCGUUCGGUGGAGGCCCGUUCCGUCCCUGGUAG